GCUCGUCGUGCGGUCGCUGGAGAGGAUUCGGCACGUGCCGGUGCGCGGUGGCUGGUGGCUUCGAUCAACUGUACAGCUGCAAACCUUGUUGCCACCCGCCACAGGGUAGUGGCGCUGUUUGUCCGCGCGUGCUGCACACCGAAACGACAUCGCGCGCAAGACUAUCGCCGUCGUUCUCGUCGACGGAGAUCACGCCCUCACGCCGCAAGGUGCGUCCUGCUCGUCCUGCUACUCGCUGUCCUUACUCAUUUCGUGUCAUCAUCCACAGCAUGAAGCUCAACAUCGCCAACCCCGCAACUGGGGAGCAAAAGACCAUCGACUUCGACGAUGAGAGGAAAUACCGUAUUUUCUACGACAGGCGGAUUUCUGCCGAAGUCGCCGCUGACCCGCUCGGCGAUGAGUGGAAGGGCUACAUCUUCCGCAUCACCGGAGGCAACGACAAGCAGGGUUUCCCCAUGAAGCAGGGUGUCCUCCUCCCGCACCGUGUGCGCCUCCUGCUCUCUGACGGCCAUUCUUGCUACCGCCCCCGCCGCACCGGCGAGCGCAAGCGCAAGUCCGUGCGUGGCUGCAUCGUCGGCCCUGACAUCGCUGUCCUCUCCCUUGUCAUCGUCAAGCAGGGUGAUAACGAGAUCCCCGGCCUGACCGACACUGUCCUCCCCAAGCGUCUUGGUCCCAAGCGUGCGACCAAGAUCCGCAAGUUCUUCAACUUGUCCAAGGAGGACGACGUCAGGAAGUACGUUGUCAGGAGGGAGGUGAAGAGCCAGAAGAAGGAGAACGCGAAGCCUUACACCAAGGCUCCCAAGAUCCAGCGAUUGGUCACUCCCAUCCGUCUCCAGCGCCGCCGUCACCUGCAUUCCCUCAAGCGCCGCCGGCUCGAGCGCCAGAAGGAGCAGAAGACGGAAUACGAUGUCAUUAUGCAGAAGCGUCUCGCCGAGAAGAAGGAGAAGGCUGCUGCAGUCAAGGCGGCGCACAAGAAGGCUACCGCAUAAAACGCCUAUUGCUGGGCACCUCCUCUAUGCGGUCGAUAUCUGUAUGGUCCACCUACGUUGUCAUGUUCUCUACGCCAUCUCGCACGCAAUGCAUCCAUAUGAUUUAUGGUGAAUGCUACCGCAGUUGCGUCGGCUCGUCUAUUCAACAUGUCGCGCUUGUACGAAGGUAGGCUCUGCUGGGGUUGCCGGUACUGAUGGUACAUUGUUGUAUUGUGACCUUGUACUAUAGAGGACCCUGCAAUGAAGGAUAGAGUUCUGACCUUUC